AUUGUCCGUUCGGUCGUCGGCAAAUGUUGUGGUCGUUGUUUAUUAAAAAUAUUGUCGUUCGUCUCUUCAUAUAAUACGCCCGUCGUCUCGGAAGUCCGCCGCACUCUCACUGCAUAUUAUUGAUAAUGUAAUAUAACGAUGGACUGUAACGCGUAUGACGAUAUGCAGAGCUAUAUUACGAUAUUAUAUUCUCGAGGAAACGACAGUUAUCGCUAUUAUUAUUCACCCGCCGACGGCCACGGUCCAGUAUAGUUGGUGAUUGCUUGCACAGUUCUCCGUUCGAGAUGGGCAGCGGCCUGUGCAGGAGUAGAGCAGACGAAAGACCGGCGAGGGCUGUACGACGGGGGUUCGACGGGUUGUGCCGGAAGAUAGUUUUCAAUUACUCUAAACAGUGGACGCGUUAUUCAGUCAAACACAAGAGGAGUGAAAAAAAAAAUACCAAACACAAUAAGAGCAGAAGGAAGAAACCGAUCAUCAGCGGACCGUUUCCGGCAGAUCCGGACCGACUGCAAGGCGAAAAGUGGCAGUACGUGAUACUGACGCGGUUGGACACGGAACCGCCGCCCGAACGACCGCCGCGAACCAAGCGCUGCCGCCGGCAGGAGACGGCGAUCAGUGGCGUCAGUGGCAUCGUCCGUUGGGGAUCGGAGCGGCGGCGGCGGCGGCAGCGGCAGACGACGCCGCCUCGGAGUCUCUCCGCCGACGAGCCGACGGAACCGGUGGCGUCCGGACGGGUCGACGUUGGCGGUGGCGGCGGCGGAACGGUCGAAAGAGCGGCGAAAAAGAAAGCGUCGCCGGCUUUCGACGAGGCCGUCGUAAAGACUUCGAUGUGGGUCGUUUUGUGGUCGGGCGCCGUCGUCGCCGGUCGGACGUACGCUGCCCGACAAAUCGGUUUGCUCAAGUCCAUCUCCCGCGCCCAUGCGAUGGCCAACGAUUUGACGUCGUAACAUUAACAGAUCGGCGGCGGUGCACGCGGAAAAUAACCGCGGUUAAGGUGCCUCGGUACUGCCGUUAACCUUAGCUGAAAAGACCUCAAGUUUUGACAAAAUCUAAGUUAGUUGACGUUGUCCGGUCUUUAUUGUGAAAAAAAAAUUUGAACUCGACAGAAAAUUGUCUAUAGAUCGAACGGAACGCAUUGUAAAGAUUAAAUCUUAUAUAUUAUUGUGAACUGUAAUUUAAAACUUGAAAGUAUACAUUUUUUCAAAUUAUAAUUAAUAUUAUUAACAAAAAGUAUUUUGUACGACUUAUAGACGAUAUUCUGCUGGAUUCAAAUAUUGUUUCAAAAAUUAAAAUCAGACAACGUUAAUUAACUUUAAUUUUGUCAAAACAAUAAGACGUAAGAUUUUGUAAGAUUAAUGUGAUAUAGUAAAUUCGAUAUUCUUAUCGAUUUGUUGACAUGUGCAUGCGAGUUCGAGAGUCGUACUGUAAUUGAAUAUCAUUCACACUAAUAAUCAUUUACAACUAACUAAUAGAUCCCGGGCGGCUAAGAUGAGAUCAGAAAAUGCCUAAUGGUUGCCCUUUAAAUAAUAGCCCAUAGCGAGGCCCAAUAAAGAUAUAAUUAUAUUUAUUAUAUCUUUAGUCGUGGUAAUAACCGAAUGUUUAUGGUAUAUUUAUAGUGAUAAUAAUACUGCAGGCUAUCGAUACAUCGUACACCACCCACACAGACAAUAUACUAUUACAAUCAUAAUAUUAUAUUAUUAUGCAAUCUAUAGGUACUGUAAUUGACUUUUCCGAAAGCCACUGCGGAAAAUCCUAUUUUGUUUUAUAUUUAAUAUCACAAUAUUGUCUUUAUUGACGAAUCGCGUGAGACCAUAAUACAUAACGAAAUCUAGUGGUUGAUUCUAUUCAGAUUUCCAAGUCCCACCAUAAACUAUAAGUUAAACCAGCAUGCGAAAAUACGUCCGAUGUUAAUUUGAUUGUCUGUAGAUAAUCAGAUCUAACCACAGGUUGUGCUAAGUGCUUCGCAUUACUAUUGUAUACAAUUAUAUUAUACAGUAUAGUUGGGGGGUGUGCAUCAUAGAGUAAGAUAUAUUAUGGUGUACAUGGCAAAACAAGAAUAAAUGCCUUACAUAGCCUAUUAUUACUUAUUUCAUUAUAUUUUGGUUUCAAAACUCAAACUAUAGGUUUGACAUUUGAAAGAAAAUUUCUUAUAUAGUAAUAUAAUAUAUUACGGUAGUAAUAAUAAUAAUAAAAGGAUAACCGUAUAACUCUCCUGUCACAUUAUAAAUCCACAUCUUGCCUAACGUGCCGAUUUUAUGCCAUCCAAAUACACGUCGGAGGAGACGUCUUACUAUCGAGUUCAAUUUAAGUGCACACUCGACGCAUUUGAACGCCAUAAAGGCUGAACGCAAAACAGUUCAACGAUUUAUCCGGUAAUAACAUGGAGAAUGAAAAAAAAAUAUAUAUAAAUAAAGUGGCAAUGUAAUGCCGAAAAUCCUCCUUGCGCAGUGUUUAUGACUUCCGCGGCUCGACGGAUGAUACUUCCGGUGUGUUAAAGCCAAGUCGCCUUGUCAUCAUUUCAGAAACAGGUCGUUCGAUUCGAGCGGAAAGGCAAGGCAAGGGGAUGAAAAUAAAUAUAUUUGAAGGUUCAACGCUAUGUAAUGGCUCCAUUCGAUAUGCGAAUACAUAUAGGAUAUACAUACGAGUUGUACUAUAUUAUAUAGAUCGUAUAUUUUCGUUUUCCAAUUUCAUUCACCAUUCUACACGUCCCAUUAAUAUUGCGACAUCGAUAAAAAAAAAAGGGCCCGUACAAUAAUAAUUAUUAGGUAACAAGUAUACGGUUUCCCGAAGGACAUAUAUAGGUACGGAUAUCUACUCACAAAUAACCAACUCUUUUCACACGUAAAAUAUGGUUUUUAUGGUGAAUUACGUUGGACCCGCCCCCUAUUAGUGAUCGUAAUUUAACCCAAAACAGUUAAAACUUAAGAACGUCCAUGGCAAUUUCAGUGUUUUUUGAAUCCAUUUUUUUUUUUUGUGUGUGUGAAUUGAUUGUAAUUUGCAAAUUAUGUAUUUUUUGAUAAUUUAUGUUAUGUAAAAGUUUAAAUUAUGGUUUCAACUGUGAAAGUGUCUUGUGAAACACAAAAAUACUCAGAAUUUAUAAAAGUCAGAAAUUAUUGUAGUAUAAUAUUUUACUUGAAUUUUACUUACUAUACGAAAAUUAAAAUGCAAUAUAUUAUAAAGAAACAAUUUUUUAACUCAAACAGUAAACUUAUUUAGUAUUACAUUAAAUUUUAAAUGACGUGUUGAUGUGUUUUUGAAUUUUUUAUGUGAAUAUUUACUAUUAGUCUAUUCAUUAAUGUAUAUUUUUGUAUUUAAAACUGUUUUUGGAUACGUCCGCCAGUUUGAUAACUAAAUGUAUGUAUAACAAUUAA